AUUCAGUUUUCAACAAUGCUUCACAAUUACAUCCAUUGGUGCCGUUUACCACUAUUCACCAACCCCCAAAUCAGAUCGUCUCUCCCCCCACCUCACAAGUCAAAUGUCCAACUCCAUUUCAAUUUCAAUUUCAUGGCCGGUGGUGUUUCCUUGAGAAAGAAAGCCGCUGGUAAACGAUCUAACCACUUCAAACCCCAACAACAACAACAACAACCCACAAUGCAUACUUCUUCUAAUUCUCCCUUUCGAACCAGAAAGACCCUUAUUCUUGUUUCAGUUUUAUCGGCAGUUGCCGUGAUCGUACUUUCCUGGAACACAUGGUCCUCCUUCCGAUCCGAUGCUGUUGUUUCUGCCCAAAUUUACUCCAUUGAGGUCGUCAACGAGUUCCCUCACGAUCCUGCUGCUUUCACACAGGGGCUUUUGUAUGGAGGCAAUGAUACAUUGUUGGAGUCGACCGGACUCAAUGGACGUUCAUCCGUUAGGGAAGUGGAUCUUCAGACCGGAAAGGUCAAAAUAUUGCAAAACAUGGAAUAUGAAUAUUUUGGAGAGGGUCUAACUCUUUUGGGUAAAAGGUUGUAUCAAGUGACUUGGUUGAGGAACACUGGUUUCAUAUACGACCGAUAUAAUUUAACCAAAGUAAAAACUUUUACUCAUGGUAUGAAAGACGGCUGGGGAUUAGCAACCGAUGGGAAAAUACUCUUUGGAAGUGAUGGAUCGUCUUCCUUAUAUCAUCUCAACCCGCGAACAAUGAAAGCCAUGAAAGAACAUGUUGUAAAAUAUAAAGGCCAUGAAGUGCAUAACCUAAACGAACUAGAGUACAUAAACAAUGAAGUUUGGGCAAACAUUUGGCAGAGUGAUUGCAUAGCUAGAAUCUCACCUGUAGACGGGUCGGUGAUUGGAUGGGUUCUUCUUCCAGAAUUGAGAGCGGAAUUACUAUCAGCUGGACAUAAAAUUGACGUGUUGAACGGGAUAGCAUGGGAUGAAGAUAAGAAACGACUUUUUGUGACUGGGAAACUUUGGCCGAAGCUAUACGAGAUCAAGCUGCAGCCGCUAAGGAAACCGUUGCAGGCACCUGUAGAACGCCUCUGCUUGACUCCCCCUGCUCAUUUUUAAAGGAAGUGAAGUAAAGAAUGAACAAUGAACAAUGAUAUAUGGAAUCCUAUACAGCCUCGAUUUUAUCGUUUAUAUAUCAUGUCUUAUAUUUUUUGUUAUUUGAGUAGAAAUUAUGUUACACUUGAGGAUCUUAGUCGCUUAGAUCAGAAAACUAGGAAGAAGCUUUGGAUAUAUUAAGUAGUGAUUAUUCUGUAGUACAAAUUAAUUGUCAGUCGAUUUGAACCGAACCGUAAUUCCUCUUAGACCAAAGAGUCUUAAGCCAGUGUAUGGUUUACACUUA